AUGCCCCAGAGCAGCACCAUGGUGGACGUGGGCAAGUGGCCAAUCUUCACCUUGCUGUCUCCUCAGGAGAUAGCUUCCAUUCGGAAGGCCUGUGUGUUUGGGACCUCAGCCAACGAAGCUCUCUACAUCACACACAACGACGAGGUCUUUGUUUUUGGGCUGAACUGCAGUAAUUGUUUGGGAACUGGAGAUAAUCAGAGCACGAUAGUACCAAAGAAAUUAGAAGCAUUAUGUGGAAAGAAGAUUUCCAGUCUCAGUUAUGGAAGUGGACCCCAUGUUGUACUUUGCACUGAAGACGGUGAAGUGUAUGCUUGGGGACAUAAUGGUUACAGUCAGCUGGGGAAUGGCACAACCAAUCAGGGCAUCACUCCUGUUCAAGUCUGCACAAAUCUGUUGAUAAAGAAAGUUGUGGAAGUGGCGUGUGGCUCUCAUCAUUCCAUGGCACUGUCCUUUGAUGGAGAUCUGUAUGCUUGGGGCUAUAACAACUGUGGGCAAGUUGGAUCUGGAUCUACAGCAAACCAGCCAACGCCUCGCAGAGUUUCCAACUGCUUACAGGGGAAAAUGGUGGUUGGCAUUGCUUGUGGCCAGACCUCCUCCAUGGCUGUGAUAAACAACGGUGAGGUGUAUGGCUGGGGCUACAAUGGCACUGGCCAGCUGGGCCUGGGCAACAACGGGAACCAGCUGACGCCGUGCAGGGUGGCGGCGCUGCACGGGGUCUGCGUGCUCCAGAUUGCCUGUGGCUAUGCGCACACGCUGGCACUAACCGAUGAGGGGUUGCUCUAUGCCUGGGGAGCUAACACUUAUGGGCAGCUGGGAACGGGCAAUAAGAGCAACCAGCUAAGCCCGGUGCAGAUCAUGAUGGAAAAAGAAAGGGUGGUGGAGGUG